UUUAAAAGAAUUAUGGCGCGUAUUUCUUUUGCGCGUCGCAAGAACUGAUGUAACUAAACAAAAAUGAAGGUGUUUGCUGUGAUUUCUGUGUUUUUGUUAGCUUUUGCUGCCGUUUCUGCUGAGCUAACUGAAGAACAACAAAAAAAGAUCAUAGAAAAUCGCGAAAACUGCGUCAAAGAAACCGGUGUGGACCCCGAAAUGAUCGAUAGAGCAGAUGUGGGCGAUUUCACGGACGAUCCAAAACUGCAAUGUUUCGCAAAAUGUUUCUACCAAAAAGCCGGAUUCGUAAACGACAAAGGAGAAAUCGUCAUGGAAACCCUCAAGGCCAAACUCCCAGAAGAAAAUAAAGAGGAAGCUUUAGCAAUCAUCGAAAAGUGCAAAGAUAAGAAAGGAAAGGAUGCUUGUGAAACCGCCUACGCGAUUCAUAAGUGCUACUUUAAAAAUACCCAUAGAAUAGUUGUUGUACCGGAAGCCACUGAAAAAACUGCUGAUAAGUCCACCGCCAAACCUACUGAAAAAUCUGCUUAAGUACUGGAGUCAGAGUUGUUAUUUAUUAAGUAUUUAUGUGUGUUAAAAUAAACAGUAUUAAAGUCAAAAUAUUCCUUUAAAUUUAUAUUAAAU